GCAGUUCAGUAGACAACAGCCGCGCGGCCGUAAUUGUCGAUCAAUCUUUAACUCUCUUGCAGUUGUCGGUUAUUAUUAUGGUAGCCGAUUAUCUUAAUAGAGUUCUAUGUCUCGUCGUGCUUUAAUUAGCCUCUCGCUCCCUGACAGUGCGAUAAUAAUGUGCUAAAGAAGCGAGUAAUUUUUCAGUGUCCGUGUGUGAAAUAAAUUAAAGGGUUGGUGAUAAAGCGUUUCUCUUGAAGGAGGAAGACUGUCACCUCGGGAUGAUUUAUGAGAAUCUAGAAAUGUGGUGCUCAAACGCGAUGUAAAAUUGAUGUCGUCGACUGUUGACGAGUCAGUGCUGCUGCACCAGCAAGUGCAUCGCAACGAGCAAGAGGUGCAUCGACUUCGAAACCUACAUAUAUGUUGAGGCUGGCACGGGCGACGAAAUAUCCGACUCCUCUGGUGCGAUACAGGACGUAAGAUGGAUCCAAGGGGCCCUCCUGAGGGGGCCCCUGCUGAGUCCUUUGAGAUAUCCAGCAUUGACAAGGGAGCUGACAUUUCAGUGAAUUGGCCUACUGAUCACGCUUUUGCUUCAUCCUUGUGUGAACAACCGAAAAAAUUGAACAACAGGCUUCUAUUUUUGACUGUGGAAUAUGUGGAGGAUCAGUCACGAUUAUUUCCCACAUAUGAGCAGAUUUCCUUUUCUCCGAGGGCAGCAUCCCCUCUGUCCGAAUUUGAGCACCGCGUCAGUCCACUUGACCCAAAUAUGAGCUCGACUGCUAGAUACUCUCCUACUCCGGUCCAAUUGCCCUCUUCUCCUUUCCAUAAUUCGGUUGUUGUGCUUCAGAGCCCUUCUUCUCCUUUGAUAUCCCAACCUGAACCAAACAUAAGAACAAGCAUCAAUUAUGUGACUCAACUGGCUCAUCCGAUUGACACUCAGACUGUAUCUCAAACAGAUACUACUACAGACUUUGUUGGCAAUGGGAAUGAAGAGGGACUGGUAUCGAGCGUCAACAGUGAAUUGAUUUUAAUGCAAGAAGCUACGCCUGAGUUGGAAUCUUCAGCAACCCCAUUAAUGCUAACAGGAAUACCAAGCACAGACUUUAAUCUAACCAGAGAGUUUUUGGUGAUGCAAGAUGAUCAAAUAAACGUUAUCAGUACGUUUAAAAAUCAAAAUAUGGAGAUAGAAGACAAUCAUGUUACUUUACCAUCAGUAACGGAAGGCGCAAACAAAGAAAAUAAUAAUUUUAUUAUACCAGAAUGUGAUAAAGAAGAUCAACAAAUUAUCAAAUACGAGCAAAUUACGAAGGAAUCACCACCAACUGAAAAGAAGAAAACGAUUGAGAAGAAAGAUGUGAGAAGAUCCAAGCGACUUAUAACAGAUAAAAAGGAUUUCUGGUGCGACGACUACGACACUAAUUGCACGAAAGACGAUAGCUGUAAUCUGAACGAUGUGUGCACAAUCGCAGAUCAACCAGUACCAUCGCGUGCUGUAGCAACACUGCCAGGAUCAUAUCUUUCGUUAAACAAGCUAUCUACUUCGCAUGCUGCAGCGAAUGACGUGACCUACGGAGUCUUUGCAAAACGUAAUAUUCGAAAGCGCACACAAUUUGGGCCUAUAGAAGGCGUACUGUGCGCUUACGACGGUUUGCCCUUUGAAAACGCUUUACCAUUGCUUUAUGAAACUGAAACUGGUGAAUUUCUGAAAGUGGAUGUCUCCAACGAAAAUACUUCAAAUUGGAUGCGUUUUGUGCGACCCGCACUCUCGUAUAAGGAGCAGAAUUUAAUAAUUUGUCAGCAGAAGGAUGGAAUAGUAUUUCUGACUAAUAGAAACAUCUCGCCAAAGGAAGAGUUAAAAGCAGGCCCUAGUCCAGACUACGCAAGUCGCAGAAAUUUGCCGUUAUUUAAACCAGACAUAAAAGAUGAGAAAGAAGUUAAUAAUCUAGUACCUGGAUGGCCGCGUUUGGAUGGCAAUUCUUACAAUCGACGCAUAAAAAUGUUACGCGGCAGAAAUAUGAAGGAAAAGGAGAACUCGCGGCAAAACAAGUGCAACAAAGAAUGGAAAUGUUCCGUGUGCCACUUGAUUUUCAGAAAACAGUCUCUGCUCAACCUGCACACAGCCGUUCAUUCUUCUAUCGAUAUCAAAAUAGAGAAUCAAACGUCCGCAUGCCCACAGUGCGGACUGGAAUUUCAGAAGCAAAGCGAGUUGGUGAAUCACGUAUCUCAGCACGGACGAUCGGCGCUAUCCAAAACGAAGAGAUUAACUCCUCUAAGUACAUACAAGUGUUCAAUGUGUUACAAACGUUUUGCUACGAAGAUACGAUUACAACAGCACUGCUUGGCGCAUGGUGCUGAGGACCAAAAACCACUGCCAUGCAGUAUCUGCUUGAAGCGAUUUAUGAACAACUCCGCGUUGUCCGGUCAUCUGAAAACGCAUAAAGAAAAUAAGCAGGUCUUCGAAUGCCCAAUGUGCAAGCAGCUAUUUCGCCAAGGUACGAUGCUGAAGGAUCACGUUGAGACACAUAGAAAUCCAGACGGUAUAUUCAGCUGUCCCCACUGCCAGCGAACGUUUAUCAAAUAUUCGGUCAUUCGCAAACACAUUCGUGCACAUCACUGCGAAAGGAAGCACAAAUGUCAACACUGUGCGAAACGUUUCCCGACGGUCGACAAAUUGCGAAUGCAUCUGCUAAAACAUUCCGAUCAUAGAGAAUUCCAUUGUGCAAACUGUGGUAAACGAUUUAAGAGAAAGGACAAAUUAAAAGAACACAUGACUAAGAUACAUCAUUCUCAAACGGUUAACGGAGAUCAAAUGACACAAAAUAACCAGACCAAGAAAUUUGUGCCAAAGGUGAAUCCGAGUGAUUACAAUCGCUUCAUUUACAAAUGUCAUCAAUGCCUGGUGGGUUUCAAGCGAAGAGGAAUGCUGGUGAAUCAUCUUGCGAAACGGCAUCCCGACGUCGCACCGGAAUCUGUGCCAGAAUUGAACUUACCAAUUUUGCGACAAACCAGAGAUUAUUACUGCCAGUAUUGUGACAAGGUUUAUAAAAGUAGCAGCAAGCGUAAAGCGCAUAUUAUGAAGAACCAUCCCGGUGCGGCUUUGCCGCCUAGCAACCGGCAAAAGGAAUCCGAGUUCUCGGGACUGCCGAAUCCAAGCUUCAGCCAAACAGUGGGCAGCAUCACUACUAGUCCGCAAGGCUGCCAAUGGUGUCACAAACAAUACGCCAGCAAGGCAAAACUCUUGCAACACCAACGCAAGAAACAUGCUCAUUUGAUGGAGCCGGCGGAUCAGAUACCGCGAUCGCGGAACCGACCGCCGCAAAAUCAAAAUCAGCCACCCACGUUGAACGAUAACAACUUCCUGAUAUCCGACUAUAUACAGGGAUGCGAUAUCAAUGCGGAUUUCCUCAAGCAGAAAAUAAUCAAAAUCACGAAUGACGUUGAUCUGAUAAGCAACGGAGGCCUGGAGAUGGUCGCUCAGCAAUUUGUGCGUAUGCGCGACAUACGCUGAGGAGAAACGUGGCAUCCUCGACACGGGGGAUGAGUGUCGCUAAUUUAACGAGAUAUGAAUCUCGCGAUCUUUGUACACAGCCGAGGUAGGUUGUGCUUUUUUGCUGCCGUUACCAAAUCGUGGCGAUGCCGUUUGGUCGAAGCGGCGGAGCAUGUCGCCCGAGAAUAUUUGGGAAUACGCAGCUUUGUCGGCGCCGGUGCGAAACACUCGGCGCUGUUUUGUUGGUUGUAUGUUGGUCGGUUGGUCGACAACGACGGCCGAUGAUAAAUAGUGACUUUGGCAGAUUUGUUGGAGAGGGAGAAAAUGCAGUUUUAAAAGUACUUUUUCCGAGCCUCGAAACGAAAAAAAAAAAGAGAUGCCUAACAACGUCGACUGGAAACCAGCGAGGCUCGAGUCUACUUGUUACGGAGAACACUGUAGUCUCGUACAAUUGUUGAGAUCUUUUCUUGAAGUAUUAAGGAUACCGUACAGAGAAAAAGAAAAAAAAAAAGGUAGAAGACCUGGUACUAUCGACACGUCCUUUACAUUAGGCCUGAUAGUUUUACUUUUAAAAUCUAUACCAAGCUUGAAAAUCCUAUGUUGUUCGAGUGUGAAGUAGAUGGACCAAAUUUAAGCGUCAAGUUUAAAGAGGAUGUUUAAGCCCGGCUUAAAUUUGGCGGUGAUGAAAUCCGUUGUGUCUUAGAUCAACGUGAUUUCUUCCGCGCAACGAUAAUUGUGUGGACGAGUAAUGUUUAAAAGUCAUUGUUCGCGACGUAUUUGGCUUCACUAAACAGCGAUUGUCUGUAGAUUACGUGAAAGCUUGCGAUCUCUGUAAGGAAAUCGUCCAUUUCACUUUUUGCUCUUUCUCUCUCGUAUUUCCAAGAUUUCGUCGUAAACGCUUGGCGUCCACGUUCUCAUUUUAGAAUAAUGUACAAGUAACACACGUCCUUAGAUCUCCAAUGGAACAUAUUGUUUUCACGUAAUCAUUUCGUAAUCGCUGAUCUCAUUCGUGUAUGAAUCUAGCGUCACAAGCCAAGUGACCGUUUGAAUCGUCAGCUCGAGAUGUCUGGUUUAAAUCAACGCACGGUAUUGUAGUUAAGUAGCCAAGGGGACUUUUGCUCUCGCGAUUUAACGAGCAACGUACGUGUAUUUUAAGCUAUGUAUAUCUGGCCACCACGUCACUCACACAUCAGCACACGUACACCAAAAGUUUCCACAACGAUUGUUCAAGAUUGUGUAUUCCGCAACGUCUGAAUUCGGAAUAAUUGUGCCCUUUCGUGAACCCUAUCCGAUUGCCGUAUAUUCCAUAAAUGAAAUCCCGCACGAACAAUUUUCACACUCGGAGAAAAUCAUCAAUGAAAUGACAACGUUGAAAUUUAUUUUACACACGGUAUAUACACGACAUACAUUAUCGCAAUUACGAAGCAGAAGAUUGCAUAUUUGUCGAUGUCGUUAAGUACAUGGAGGACUGUACUGUAAACAUGACGUAAAUAAAGUUAUUCGAUGACUGCAUCAUU